GGCAGCAGCGCGAGCGCAGGUGGCAGAGUCCCUCAGUGAGCAGGAACCUUCCCCGGUCACAGUCGCUGCUCAGGUAUGAGCCAGUCCCGGGUUUAAACAGCUAGGACACACCGGACCGUUACCGGCUGAGGACAGGUUUCGGUUCAUGUUUGUUUGUUUCAAGCUCGCGGGAAGCCGUUCGGAUGAAUUAGUGCUGGCGCGUGCACCAUGCUGAGCGCCGUUAAGAUGGAGGGACACGAGCAUCCAGACUGGAGCGGCAGCAGCUACUACGGAGAGACCGAGUGUUACACCGCAGCAGGAAACAUGAACUCCGGUCUGUCCAUGAACUCAAUGAGCAGCUACAUGAGCGCGCCUGGCAUGACUGGCACCGGCCACAUGAACGCGCAUUACGUGAACCCGGUCGGGGUCAACCACUCCUCGAUGCCCGCCGGAGUGUCACACAGCCCCGGGGCCAUGGUGCAGGCCGGAGCCGGGAUAACGGGCCUGGGCACCGCGCUGCCGCCGAGCAUGAGCUCCAUCAGCCCGCCGCCGUACGGCAGCAUACCGGGGAUGAGCCCGGUGUACGGCCAGGCCUGCGGCAUCAGAUCCCGGGAGCCCAAACCGUACCGGCGGAGCUACACGCACGCCAAGCCGCCGUACUCGUACAUCUCCCUGAUCACCAUGGCCAUCCAGCAGUCCGGCAGCAAGAUGCUCACGUUAAACGAGAUCUACCAGUGGAUCACGGACCUGUUCCCGUUUUACCGGCAGAACCAGCAGCGGUGGCAGAACUCCAUCCGACACUCGCUCUCCUUUAACGACUGCUUUAUUAAGGUGCCGCGCUUACCGGACAAACCGGGGAAAGGCUCCUUCUGGGCCCUCCACCCGGACUCGGGGAACAUGUUUGAGAACGGCUGCUACCUCCGGCGGCAGAAGCGCUUCAAGUGCGGGAAACAGCCCGGUAAAGGUGACAAGGAGGCGGGGAAGUCGGGCCCGGAGGGCGGCUCGGUUACCACCAGCAGCACCGGCUCCGACUCCCCGCACUCCUCCUCCUCCUCCCCUCCGUCCUCAGAUGUGAAGGCAGCCGGUGUCGAGCUAAAACAGCACCGGGGUGAACUUUUGCCCUCCAGCCCUGUGCGCGUGCCCUCCCCGCUCGCGAACACCCAGCACCUUUUCUCCCAUCACCAUCACCACCACCACCACCCGCUGCUGCUGCACGAGGCCGCACACCUGAAGCCGGACCACUACCACCCCCACCCCCACCACCACUACUCCUUCAACCACCCGUUCUCCAUCAACAACCUAAUGUCCGAGCCGCAGCACCACAAACUGGAGCCGGUGGUGCAGUACGGAGGCUACGGCUGCCCGGUGUCCGGGGCGCUGGUGGCGGCCAAAACCGGCCUGGAUCCCGCUCACACCGACACCAACUACUACCGCGGCGUGUACAGCAGGCCCCUUAUGAACUCCUGAAAUACUUUUACAGUGAUAAAGCUUCGAUUUGUAUAUUUGUGAAUGUCAGAAAGGCCCUUUCAUCAGUCAUUGUGUUUGUUUAUGUGCAACAGAUAAAAAUCUUUAUAUGAAAACAGACUUUUUAUGCUUUAUUCACUGACUAAAUAAGCCCAAAAGUCAGUGUGCUCAUUUUUUUUGUCCUAUAGUUAUUUUCUGGCCAAAAGCUACAACAGAUGCAUCUUUAGUUUAUACAAGAGUGUAGGUUUUGUUUCAGUGUUUAAGGGCCACAUUUUGAGCCUCAAACACUUCAUUUCCUGCAGUCUGCUUAAAUGUUAUGCUCCACUUUUGCCUUUUCUGCAAUUUAUGGUGGAAAUAAUGUCAUGGUAGCCUACUUCUUCCUUCAAUCCUGCAUAUAGGUGCCUCAUCUUCCUGUUUUAAGGCAGUUUGCAACCAUUGCUUUUGAGGUUGCACACUGUGUCCACCUACUUAAAUGGAGGCACUGUCAAGUCUAGCAGUUUGCCAAAAUAAAAUAAAAGUCCUCUGCUA